AUGUGUUUAGAAAAAUUUGUAAGAUAUAGUAACAAUUGUAACAUGAUGGAAGGAAGAAUGUUUAUAAAAUUAUGUAAAGAAGCUAAACUAAUAGAUGCUAAUUUAACUAGUGCCAAUUGUGAUAUAGCAUAUGUUCAGACUGUAAAAAGGGGUCAAAAAUUCCUAGACUACGAAGGUUUCAUAAAAGUGUUAGAAGAAAUAGCAUUUAUUAAAGGAGUGCCCUUGGAAUGUGUUAUUGAAAAAAUUGAAUCGACAAACGGGCCCACAUACAUAUCCAAAACUACUACCAAGCCCAAUAGAUUAUAUGAUGAUAAGCACAAGUAUACGGGCACACAUUCUAGGAGGUACAGUCUGUCUGUAGAUUUUAACUAG